AUGGCGUCGAGCGUAGGAUCCGCGCUCAGAAAGCUUCUUCCAGCCAAACUUCCUCCGUCACUCUCUUCCCAACCUGGGAACCUGUACGAGGUCCUUUCACGAUAUCCACAAGACGGCGUUGGCCAGAGAGUAUACCAGACACGAUGGUCCGCGAAGGGGAUUGAGGGCUGCUAUUGGGAGGUCACAAGGACAAAAUUGAAGCUUGAAGGCACUCAUGGAAAGGCGUGGGGCGUGCUCGUAUGGAGAGGACAGCGGGUGAGCGAGCGGGACGAGCAAAUACGCGGCGGAUUGAAGUACAGAUGGGCGGAAGGCAUGUCUCAAGCUCGCAAAUUUACGACAUCUCCAGUAUCACCCCCUUCAUUAGCAUCGUAG